GCGAGGUCUGGAGCUCGAGCAUUGAUGAGGCCGAGUCCAGACGAGGCGUAGUGGAACUGCGCAGCACACGCAUGGCAGAGGGAGGCAUGGCACCCCUCGGAGCGUGACUGCAAAGGACAACCGGGACGGCGGGAGGAAGGGGAGGCGUGGAGAUGGACCUGGUUCCGGCCGGCAUGCGAACCGAGGCAGCUUCUGCACCACGUCUGCUCGAGCCGGCUUGCGGAUUCUCCAGCUCGCUCGGGCUCGGAAUGCUCUGCGUUGCGCCGAAUAGAAUAUAGAAUCAUCCAAGCGCGAGCGCAAAAUAGCCGGAGGUUUUGGCGUUUGCCCGCAUGCACAUGUCACAGUGGGUUCGCUCUGCCGCAUCGACAGCACGUCGUCGAUCCGCAGAGUGAACAGGUGUUUGCAGGCGCAGGUGAUCGAGCAUCUGGAUCUGCGUGAGAGCAAAAUCUGCCGGCGACUGAUUUUCAUGCGCAGCUCCUCACCAGAAGAAGCAAGUGCCCGUGAGUGUUCGAGCAUCUUCCGAGCAGAAUCAGGCCACCCUCGAGCAUCUCGAAGCAGGAUUCCGACGGAGCGGACUUUGGGUGAAUGUCUUCCUUCCCCAAGUUUUCGACCGAUCAUAGCGAGUCAACUGGAAGAUGCUCGAGGUGCGCGUACUGUUUUGAUGCCAGGCCCUAACUCCCGCACGUACUCAGCCUCGACAUCCGUCGGCUUGCAAAUAGUUCCAUCCCUGUUUCGCAGUCGAGUCUCCAACAUCCAUCGAGACAGAAACGCUGGAAACCUGCUCGCUCGUGCAUGCAUGCGCGUGUUUCAGAGCGCUGGGGCGCAUUCCGUGCAGUCGCUGCCUGCAGAGGUUGACCAAUUACAUUUACCGAUGUUCAGAUCGAGCCGAGAGAUGAGCAAAAAGUCGACGGGGAGGAUUCUUUUCCUCGCUUCCGGGAUGUGAAAGAGUGUCGCUCUGGAUUUGCUCCCCAACAACCGACGGACGAUCAGGAGCAUCGUGUGUUUGAUCUGUCUCAUGAAGACCCGGAGGACUGCACAGACAGUCACGGUCAGUGACGUAGCAGUCUCGGGAAAGCUCUGAGUCAAAAGCCGGAGCAGGAGUGCAGGUCUUCCAAUUGGACGAUCGAGCAAAGAGUGUGUAGUUGCGCAUGCCAUUCGGAGCUCGACCUCGUCUCUGUGCAGAUCCACUGCACUGUCGAAGGGCUGUACAGAAAUCUCCGAGCACCAGUCGUUGCUGCAGUGAGUGAGUGAGUGAGCCUCGUGCGAUCUGUGCUACACAGGGAUCGUCAUCGGAAAAAUGCAAGUCGUUCGAAUAGCUCGAGGACGACAUCUGCAAGUCAAGCUUUCACAAUGUGGUCUUCUGUGCCCAAAUGCACCGCAACCUAGACCCGACUCUCAACCAAAGAGGCCGCGCUCGAUGCACACUAGCUCUCCAGAGCCAGCUGCGCCAUCUGCAAAGCUGGCGGGGCGAGUGGCGGUGAUAACGGGGGGCGCGAGUGGCAUCGGAGCCAGUUGCGCCAGAGCGUUUGUGGAACACGGAGCUCGAGUGUUCGUGGCAGAUGUGGAGGACGAAGCAGGUCGAGCGCUGUGCGAAGAGCUGGGCCCGAGCGCGAAUUUCUUCCACUGCGAUGUGCUGAACGAGAAGGACAUCGCCGGAGUCAUAGAUCAGGCCGUGAAGCAGUACGGCAAGCUGGACAUCCUGCACAACAACGUCGGCGUCGGAGGCCGCACCACCAGCAUCCAGGACGUCGACAUCGACGACUUCGACAAGAUCUACGCCACCAACGUCAGAAGUGUCGUGCUCGGCCUCAAAUACGCAGCGCGUGUCAUGAUUCCCCGAGAAAGCGGCUCGAUCAUCUCGACGAGCUCCGUUGCAGCAGUCGUCGGAGGCUCGGCUCCCUCGCCUUACGCCUUCACCAAGUCCGCCAUCCCUGGAAUCACCCGCCAGGCAGCGGCGGAGCUGGGCAAGUAUGGAAUCCGUGUCAACUGCAUCUCCCCGUUGGCCAUCGCCUCGCAUGCUCAGCUCCGCCGAGUGCAGAAGCUGCAAGGCUGCGAGAACCUCACUCUCGAUCAAUACAGCGCUAUGAUGGACGAGAUCUCUGAGCUCAAAGGCGCCAAACUCAGGGCCGAAGUCUUCGCUCGCACUGCUCUCUUUCUCGCCAGUGAUGAUGCUUCUUACACCACUGGCCAGAACUUCGUUCUCGACGGCGGUUUCACUUGCAGCAAGCCGUACCCUCUCAAAGUUCUCAACCGGGCCUUCGAUAAUUGUUUCAGUUACAGUAAAAGUGCAAGCCAUGAUCCUCAGAACAAUCCGUAGUGUGACUCUAAAUCCCAACUCAAAUCCCAGUGAGUUCUCGCGCGGCUGAUGUAUAAUUCGCAUAAUUGACAGUCGCCACAACAUCAAUCAACAACAGCAGCAUCAGUUGCUGCUGCUGCAGCAGCAGCAGUAGAACCCGAGAUCGAAGACUGUAAAUACGGGAUAGCGAUGCACUAAUUUGAAGCACUCAUCCGCUUAGAUAGAUCGAUGCUCAGACGAUCAUCAUACAUGUCAUGACUGUACACAACUUAGUUAGGUAGACUCGACUGCCCGAUCAAUUAGAGGAUCAAUCGAUUCGUGUUGAGGGAGGGGAAUCUUGUUAGUCCGCACCACUCAUCGUGGUCUUAUGAUCAUGUUUACUAUUCCGUCGGGGCUCUUUGGCCUGGGUCUGUUCAAUCAGAUGAAGAGCUCUCACGCCGACAGUCAAUCGGGCACAGUGUCCAUGAUCUGAUUCGGCUGACGGGCCACAACUAGGACCGACUUCAUUGUAUCAUUGAUUUUACUGGUUCUCCUUUACACGAUACUUCCAGUGUCUGGUGUGUGUG